AUGAUUGGAUUGCUCUACUCAUUGCUUCUUCUGCCGCUGUCUUUUUCGUUAAGAGAGCAGUCAAUCGCAGUAAAAGGACGCUUCCUUUGUGGCGAUAAACCGGCUGCAAACGUUCGAGUGAAACUCUGGGAAGAGGACUCAGGACCAGAUCCAGACGACUUACUUGACCAGGGUUACACUGACUCCGAUGGCGCUUUUUAUCUACAGGGCGCAACUGUGGAGACGACUCCCAUAGACCCUGUUCUUAAGGUUUACCACGACUGCAACGAUGUGACUGGAUUUCUGUCAGUACCAAAGCCUGGGAGCCGCAAAGUGAAAUUUUCUCUACCAGACAAAUACAUCACUGAUGGAAUGACUCCUCGGAAAACGAUGGAUAUUGGAGUGAUAAAUCUGGAAUUGGAGUUCCAAGACGAAGGCCGAGAAUACAUUGUCGACUAA